CUCUGAUUGGGGCCCGCCUCCCACUCCCUCCCCUUGGGGAGGAAGUGUGGCUGGACGUGAGCGCGCAUGCGCGCACAGGGCGGGUCAAACGCUGCUGGUCAUCCCCACAACUUGGCAAACUUUUACGCAACUCUGGCAAACUUGUUGUUUUUUUUCCUGAGGAGUUGUUGCUCCACAUUAAAUUGGGGGAAGCGGGUGAGCCCAGAACUGCUCCCCGGCCGCGGAUGUUCGUCUUUUGGCCUCUAGAUAGCCGGAAAAUCGCGGUCUUCUGUCAAGAUUUGUUCGUAGCCCGGGCUGUGAUAUUCUGGAGAUAACGUCCCGCGAGUAUGGAACUCCUUCAGUGAAAAAACAGAGGCUUGUUUUGGCGGAUUUUGGGAUGAUCUCGGUGUUGCACGUGCUGUUCUGAUAACUACCUCAAAGACUUCAGCUGGUUUGUGGAGUUUCAGCUGAGAAUGGGUCCCCACGCCACGCCGAAAAAGGGGAGGGAGGCGCACGCCGUUGAUCCCUGGACCCCCACCUCCAACCUCAAAAUGCUCAUCAGCGCUGCUAGUCCGGAGAUCAGGAACCGGGAAAAGGAGCUGUGCAUGGAGAGCGAUGAGCGGGACGGACUGGACCCGACGCAGGACUCUGAAAAUGGAGAAGAGUCAGAGAAAAUGACCAGCAGAAAGGACAAGAGUCUGGGAUUGCUCUGUCAUAAAUUCCUCGCCCGGUACCCGGAUUACCCAGAUUCGGCCCUCAGGGACAUCUGCCUGGACGACGUGGCCACCGAGCUCAGCGUGGAGCGCCGGCGCAUCUACGACAUCAUGAACGUGCUGGAGAGCCUGCACAUGGUCAGCCGCUCGGCCAAGAACCGCUACACCUGGCACGGCCGCACCAAGCUGGCCGAGACGCUGGCCAUCCUGAGGCAGGUGGGCGAGGAGCACAGGUACGGCCAGCAGAUGCUGCAGAUCCGCCAGCGGAUCCUGGACAAGGAGCUGGACUUUGACGGGGAGGAGAAGGAGAACGAGCCGGCGGGCGACCCGGAGAGCGGCGAGCCGGGUCAGAAAGAGCUCUUCUUCGUGGAGCUUCCUGGAGUGGAGUUCAAAGCAGCCUCUGUGAACAGCAGGAAAGACAAGUCUCUGCGGGUGAUGAGCCAGAAGUUUGUCAUGCUCUUUCUGGUGUCAAAUCCACGCGUGGUCAGCCUGGACGUGGCCGCCAAGAUCCUUAUAGGAGAGGACCACGUGGCAGACCAGGACAAGAGCAAGUUCAAGACAAAAGUCCGGCGGCUGUACGACAUCGCCAACGUGCUGCGAAGCCUGAAGCUCAUCGAGAAGGUCCACGUGACCGAGGAGCGGGGAAGGAAGCCGGCCUUCGAGUGGGUCGGUCCUCAAGAAUUUCCACCAGUGAAAGAGGGGGGGGGCUCGGCUCCUCGCGGGCUCCUGGAGUCCCGGGCGUCUCUGGAGAACUGCUCCAAAAACCUCUUCUCCUCGCCGGCCGGCCGGCGGGGCUUCACCCGCCACCCCUCCCUGGUCAAGCUGGCCCGGAGCAUCCAGAACGACCGGCGCAAGAUCAACUCGGCCCCCAGCAGCCCGCUGAGGGGGGCGCCCGGCGAGUGGCGGGCCGGCGAGCGCGCCCCCCCCACAGACGGCGGGUUCCCCAGCAAGAUGGAGCAGCUGGCCGCCAUCUGCCAGAUCGAGCUCCGCCAGGAAGAGAACCCCCUCCCCCGAGACGCCGCAGCCCCCCCCCCCCCCCCCCCCCUUCCGCCCCCGCGGAGCCCCCGAAGGCCCGGCCGCCCAGCCCCGCCCAGGAGCCGGUGGGGGGGGGCCCCGCCCGGCCCGCUGGCCUUCCUCCCGGCGCAGUGCUCCCCCAUGAUCCCCGUGCUGCUGCCCCCGCCGCGGGGGGGCGGGGCCUACGCCGUGUACCUGCAGCCGCCCGGCCUGCGGGCCCACCCGCCCCCCCGGCCGCAGCCCACCAGCCUGGCGGUGCGUUCAAUGACCUUCGAGGACAAAAGCGGGCAGAGCCCCACCGGCCCCCCGGCGGCGGGGGCGGGGGGGGCGGCUAAGAGCCGGCUGGCCCCCGGGGGGUGUGACGCCAGCCCCCCCACGCUGAAGCGCCGCUGCCUGGACUCAGCCCCAGAGGGCAGUCCGUCCAAGGCCAGGAAGUCCAGCUCCAAGGACGCCUCCCCGAAGCUGUGCCACAUCCUGCAGGCGCGGCUGAAGGCGCGGCGCGGCGGCCCCCCCCCCGGCCGGCCCUCGCCACGCGCCCUCCACCUGGACCCCGAGUUCCUCAACACCCCCGGCCGCGCCGGCCCCCCCCAGCAGGCGCUGGCGCAGAGCCUGGAGACGCUGCUGGACGGGGAGGAGCGGGCGGCGGGCUCCGACGGCGAGGCGGGGGGGGCCCCGCUCACCCCGGGACGCGUCCACGCAGAGGCUUUGGUCCCCGCCGGGUACCUGAUCCCCAUCAGCCAGCAGUCCUUCAUCAGCUACAAGGAGCUCCAGGGGGCCGAGAGCAGCAAGGCCUCGCCCCCCACCUACAACAUCUACCACACGCCAACAGCCGGUCCAGAGCAGAGCAGAGUGGCUGGUGUCCAGAGCAGAGCAGAGAGGCUGGUGUCCGGGCCCCUCUGA